AUGAUCCACACCGACAUCGCAGAGAUCCUAUGCGUCAAGCCCAAGACCAAGAAGAAGAAGAAGACAAUGGAGCAAGAUAUGAAGAAGAAAAAGAAGACGAUGAAGAUAGAAGGAGAAGUUGUUAUUAUGAAGAAGAACGUUCUUGAUUUCAAAGACGCCAUGGCUUCUCUUCUUGAUCGUAUCCACGAGCUUCUCGGUCGUCGUGUCUCUCUUCACCUCAUCAGCUCCCUCCAACCCGACCCGGCCAAUGAGAAGAGAGGAAGACUUGGGAAAGCAGCGUAUCUGGAGAAAUGGGUGACAAAAAUAAAAACGUCAGUAACCGCAGAGGAAACCGCGUUUGGAGUGACGUUUGAUUGGGACGAGUCAAUGGGACCACCGGCUGCGUUUGUGAUCAAGAACCAUCACCAUAGCCAGUUCUACCUGAAAAGCCUCACUCUUCGCAACUUCCCCGGCGGUGAAGGCGGUCCAAUACACUUCGUUUGCAAUUCUUGGAUCUAUCCGAACCAUCGAUACAGCUCCGACCGCGUUUUCUUCUCGAACAAGGCAUAUCUUCCAAGUGAAACACCGGAGCUAGUCAAAGAGCUAAGAGAAGAAGAGCUAAAGAAUCUAAGAGGCAAUGAGAAAGGAGGAGAACUCAGAGAAUGGGACAGAGUUUACGACUACGCUUAUUACAACGACUUAGGUGCUCCCGACAAAGGUCCUGACUCAGCCCGUCCGGUUCUCGGCGGUUCACCAGAUCUCCCUUAUCCCCGCCGCGGAAAAACCGGCCGUAGACCCACCAAAUCCGACCCUAAGUCAGAGAGUAGACUGGCAUUACUAAACCUGAACAUAUACGUGCCGAGGGACGAGCGGUUUAGUCAUGUGAAGUUCUCUGACUUCCUAGCUUACGCGCUCAAGUCGGUGACUCAAGUGCUUGUCCCUGAGAUAGCUUCUCUUUGCGAUAAGACCAUUAACGAGUUUGACUCGUUUGAAGACGUUUUCCAUCUCUACGAUGGUAGUCUUAAGCUCGCCAAUGGUCACACCAUUUCUAAGCUCCGUGAUGUUAUCCCGUGGGAGAUGUUCAGAGAGCUCAUUCGCAAUGACGGUGAACGGUUCUUGAAGUUUCCUUUACCUGACGUCCUCAAAGAGAGUAGAUCAGCUUGGAGGACAGAUGAAGAGUUUGCCAGAGAAAUGUUGGCUGGACUCAAUCCGGUGGUGAUUAGUCGGCUCGAGAAAUUUCCUCCGAAGAGUAAUUUGGACUCUGCAAAGUAUGGGAACCAACACAGUUCCAUACAAGAAGAGCACAUUGCACCGUACAUGAACGGUCUCAGUGUCCAAGAAGCUUUGGAACAGAACAAGCUAUACAUAUUGGAUCACCACGACGCAUUGAUGCCUUACUUGACAAGGAUAAACUCAACAAACACUAAAACCUAUGCGACCCGAACCCUUCUGUUGCUUCAAGAAGACGGAACACUAAAGCCUCUAGCCAUAGAGCUGAGCCUUCCACACGCACAAGGCGAAUCACACGGAUCGGUCAGCAAAGUUUUCACACCAGCAGAGAAAGGCGUCAAGGGAUCGGUUUGGCAACUUGCUAAGGCUUACGCGGCGGUUAAUGAUUCUGGUUAUCACCAGCUUAUAAGCCAUUGGUUACAAACGCAUGCGGUGAUUGAACCGUUCAUAAUCGCGUCGAAUAGGCAACUAAGUGUGGUCCAUCCGAUUUAUAAGCUUCUUCAUCCUCAUUUCCGUGACACGAUGAACAUCAAUGCAUUGGCGCGACAUAUCCUCAUAAAUGCAGAUGGAGUUCUUGAGCGAACAGUCUUCCCAAGUCGUUACGCCAUGGAAAUGUCGUCUUCAAUUUACAAGAGCUGGAAUUUCACCGAGCAGGCUCUCCCUAAAGAUCUCCUCAAACGAGGAGUUGUUGUUGAAGAUUUCAGGAGCGAUACCGGCGUUAAGCUUCUGAUCGAGGACUAUCCGUUUGCAGUCGACGGUUUAGAGAUUUGGUCAGCGAUCAAAGCGUGGGUGACAGAUUACUGCUCGUUCUACUACAAGAAUGAUAAAACCGUCCAAACCGAUACAGAGAUCCAAUCAUGGUGGACCGAGCUCCGAACCAAAGGCCACGGCGACAAACAGCACGAGCCAUGGUGGCCUUCAAUGCAAACCCGCGACGACCUCAUCGAAACAUGCACCAUCAUAAUCUGGAUCGCGUCUGCUCUUCACGCAGCAGUCAACUUCGGGCAAUACCCUUACGCCGGUUUUUUACCUAACCGACCUACCGUAAGCCGCAAGUUUAUGCCAGAACCGGGUACGGAUGAGUACACUGAGCUCUCGGAAGACCCUGACGUGGCGUUCUUGAAGACGAUCACGCCUCAGUUGCAGACUCUUCUUGGGAUCUCCAUCAUAGAGAUCCUGUCGAUGCAUUCGACGGAUGAGAUUUAUUUGGGACAGAGAGAUUCACCGAACUGGACGGCGGAUGAUGAGCCUUUGGAGGCGUUUAAGCGGUUUGGGAAGAGUCUGGAGUUGAUAGAAAACAACAUUAUACGGAGAAAUAAUGACAAGAGACUCAAGAAUCGGACCGGACCGGUUAACAUUCCGUACACUUUGUUGUACCCGAAUACUACUGAUUACACGAGAGAAAGUGGCCUUACCGGGAAAGGGAUCCCUAACAGUGUCUCAAUCUAG